AUGGUUUUUUUCCUCCUCCUCCUCCUCCUCCAUCUGCGGUGCAAGAGCGACGCCGCGGGGGGCGCGGCCGCGAUGGAAGAACGGACCUACUCUGAAAAAGCCAACGCAAGAAGUAAGAAUGGAAGCAGGGAGCAAAUAGAGGAUGCAACGCCGGGAGUCGCACGGUGUACGCUGCCGCCUCUCUUUAUUGACCGCUGGGUGCGGCAGUGUGGGGUGCAGGAGAUACUGAACCGCCUCAUCAUGGACCUUGUCGCCGCCCACCCGGCGGACGUUGUGGCGUUUAUUCAUGCGUGGAGUGCGCCAACGCGCGGGGAACGGGCCUGGGAUGAGGAGGAGCGAAGUCAAGCCUCUGAGUGGACGUCCGGCUCGGACAAGGCCGGGGGUCGCGUCGGGAGGGGGGAUAGCGGCACCGCCGUGCCGCCGGCCCGUGCGGAGGAGCCGACCGUGCAGGAGCUACGCUUGCGCUACCCGGAGGCCAAGUCGUCUCCCUUCACGCUCCUGGUGAGCGAGGAAAGCCUGGACGCCCAGUUUCGCCGCCGCUGCUCCGUCUCGUCGAGCAGCAACGGCGCAAAUGGCUGCAUCGGUCGUGGCAACUACGGUUUUGUGGUUCCCGCCGUGCUUCGGCAGGAGGCGGGGGCGGCACAUUCAGGCGACCGAGACAAUAGCGGCAUUGGCCCGGCCAAUGCGAGUGCCUCCGCCAGCGGCGAAGCAAGUCGCAUGGUGGCCAUAAAAAUUAGUCGGGUGCAGGCGAUGUGGUCAUUGGAUGAGGCCAAUUUCCUCCGCCUUGUGACGGAGUGUCGUCAUUGGCUGGAGCAGGAGGUGCAGAGGCUGCGGCAGGAGCUGGAGGCGCGGCGUGAGACGCACGCAGGUGAUGCGCAGCAGCCACAAGAACCACAACGAGAAGAAGAUGCGCAGGCGGCGCACCCGACAUGUAUUGGCGCCAUGAACACUCUUGAGUCUCGCCUGCAGCUUCAGACUUUACUGUUGCAAGGGGCUCGACGCGUGACCAGUCUGGCCGGCGAUGCCAUGUACGACGUGGAGAGGGAUGCCAUGUGGUUUCCACUUGACUUCUACCCAUCCUCGCUGCGAAAAUGCAUUCGAGCCCGUUGCAAGCUUUGUACGGGUUCCUUUUCCUCCACGGGCUCGUUUCCCGACAUUUUGGUCAACAACGCAGGGGACACGGUCAUGGUGUUGCUCUUUUCCGUGCGGGAAAUUCAACACGUGGCGUGGAGCCUUUGCUGUGCGCUGCACUUCCUCAACGCCAGCUGCGGCCUCUGCCACCUGGACGUGAAGGUGGACAACAUCCUCCUCUCCUCCCCGUGGGUCUCGAGCGGGCCCGAGCCAAACGCGGCGCUGCCGCUGCCCAUGGAAGAGGCAUCUGGCGCCCCGGGCGAUGCCGCCGCGCCGCCGCUGCCCCAAGUUGUCCUGGGCGACCUCGGGCUCGCCCAGCCCCUCGGCACCCCCAUCAUGCAGCUCGGGGACUUUAGCACGAUGGCGCCGGAGGUGUACUGGGCCCCUGAGAGCCGCGCGAACUGCCCGGCGUGCCGCACACCGGUCUUUUGCGCCUCAAGCGACACGUGGAGCGUUGGGUGUGUUCUGCUGCAGAUGAUCAAUGGACUCGAGUACAGCGCGUGGGGGGCGUCGGACAUGUUUGCCGCGCUCGAGGAGAAUUACGUGUCGCCCGCGCUGCGGCACCCCGAAGUGUGGCCGAUGCAACUGAAUGACUUCAUCGCACGCUGCUUUGAGCGGGACCCACGCCGCCGCAUGCAGGCUGCUGACGCACUCCGUCACCCGUUUUUGGCAUGCCUCUAG